CGAACGAGUCCGAACGCCACAGUCGACCGCGCAGGCUGACGCGGCGCACGUCUUUAUCACUGCGCUUAAAAAAGUUUACAUCGCAUUCCGGAUUCGAUAAAUUCAAAUUUUAGGAAUGUGAUCGGUGUCCGUUUUCGAACCAUCUAUGUGCCAUAUACAGUGAUGUUAAUUUGUGUGGAUUAAAAAUGGGUGUUUUAUUAAAUUUGUUUUUAUUUGUGACCGUUUUGGUGCCUUGUGUUUUUGGGCAAGAAGCUGCGGCGUGCUAUGGUGCUGGCAGCGUUGCUGGCGCAGCUAUCGGUGCUUUCAUUGCUGCACUCCUUUUGGUAGCAGCUGCGUAUUACUUGAGGAAACUGUAUUGGAAAUCACGGAAAGGAAAACACCUUGUCUUCUCAACGGACCCAGAGUCAGUGAAAGACGAGUUCGCCUUCGACAACCCCGGGUUCCGUCAGGAGGAGCGAUCGGCAUGGCAACACGACGCGCCCACGCUGCCACUCGGCGGGAAAACGCAUGGCUUGCAUGUGGAGUUCACCAAACCAGAACAGAGCAAGGAUGACUCGCAUUUACAUCGAGCUCGUAUCCGAAAAGUGAAGCUAUGGGCUCGAGACUUCACCGGCCUGGGCCUGCGGUGCGGGGGAGGGGCAAGAGACGGGGUGCACAUCCACUCGGUACUGAGGAGUGGGCCUGCUGCCGCCGCGAAGCUGCAACCUGGUGACAAAAUAAAAAGCAUCAAGAUCGAAUUCUCUGGAACUCCCCUGGAGGAUGCUGUCGCGAUCCUGUCGCUCGCGUCUCCAUACCCUGUGGAGCUGGAGGUGGCGGAAGGCGGGCGGGCCAGCGGACAAGGGCGGGCGGUCAGACAUCCACUGCUGCAGAGGGCUGGGUCUACAGGCGAUGUUAGCACGCUUGAGAAAGAAGGGAAGUUACUCCACCCGCCGCGAUCGCCGAACACGUCGCACUCAAACAACUCCACGCUAGAGACGAAACAGAGCAAGAGCGGCAUCAAGAAGAUGAUCUCAGACAAGAUCAUCACCUCUACCACUCUAGAAAGAACCAAGAAGGAGAAGAAAGACGGCCACACCACUUUAGAACGAGAGAACGAAAAGAAUAUCAAGCUAGCAAACAAGGCACGACAUUCUGAAAUACCUCCGCAAGUUAAUAAGCCCGAAAGAAACAAAGGUAGGCAGUCAACUGGAAGCGACAUCCAAAUAAUCCAACCAGAGAAUGGUAUAUCUAGUAUGACUAAUAUUGAACAAGCUGAAACGCAAAAAAGAGAGUAUGACCCAAAACGAGGCAUGAAAUUCGGUAUCCGUGUUCUACCACCCAACGUACCUGAUGAUGGAGUCCUAAAACAAAAGAACGUCGAAAAUGGCGUUGUAGCUGUUGAAAAGAAAUCUGUCGACGAAAUAGAUAAGCCCGAACCACAACGUCCUGCGCCCACAGCACAAGUCAAACACGAAAAUGAGACGGAACAAAAGAAACCUGUAGUUGCCAAACGAAGGGAGAAAAUGGCGCCUCCUAUACCUAACGCUAGGAAUAAAGCUAACGAAUCUGACACAACCGUCAGUCACGAAACAUCCAAAGUAUCUGAGACAUCAAUGACUACUCUAACAAGCUUUGCAAGAAACGAUCUGAAUUCGAGUGGAAUCAAACGAGAUGAGAAUGGUAUUCCUCAAGAAAUACCGCAGCAAAUGUUAGACGCGGCGAAGGCAGCUCGCACUAACCGCAAGAGUUCUACAGAAUUGAUUUACGAGAAAGAGAAAACUGAACAUAAAAAAGAAGAAGCUCCUAAACCCAAGAAAUCUAAAGGCAAAGCACCUUCUCCUCCAGACCCGGAGAAGAAUAAAACAGAUGACAGUAUUCUUGAACAAUUAAGAAACGUGAACGAUUUCUUGAGCAAUGAGAAACAACAUUCAAGUUUACUUCAUGACUCUAUUACGUCAUCAAUCGAUCGCUCAGCCGUAUCGCAGAUCAAUACUUCAACACCUAAAGUCAAUAAAACAAAGAGUCGUAUUGAAGAGUCAAUUAAUUUCAGUCAAGAUGACAUUGAUGAUAUUGUAACAAAGCCUUUUAAACGAGAAAGUGAUUCUUUGAACAAUUUCUUCGAAGAUUCCAAGUCUAACAUGUCUUCCAAUCAAGAUAUACAUUCAGUUAGGUCUCUAAACCACAGCGACAAAAGUGAGAAAGGGUCUACGACUAUUGAACUUAAUAAUAGUGAUAUAACAAUACACAGUUCUCCAAUGAAUGAGACUGUACACUCGGUGUCUGACGAUCAGUCGAUUUUGGAUGAAAAUGAGCGAAAAGCGGCGUCUUUAGGUGACCUGUCUAGAUUCGAACUUCGGGCCAAGGCGAGUAAACCAACAACCGGGACUUUAGAAAGAGCUCAAAGUCUUGACAUUUCUGCUGAAGACGCAGAGAUCCAAGAAAGCACUAUUUCCCCUAAAAAGAGAAAAGCUAUGUCUGUAGUCGAAACUACUUUCUUCGAUUCUGGGAAUGCAGAUGUUCUUCCUGAUAUGACUGAUACAGACAAAGGUGUCAUCAUCAAGCAUAAGGAACCCAGAUUGAGUUUGAACAUCGCUAAAACUUCAGCUAUGGAAGGCCUUAACACUUUCCAAAGAAACCGUCUAAAAAAAGGGUCGGAAUUCGGCAACUUAGAAGAUGCUAUAGUAAAGGGAUCUUCAAGUUCAGUAGAUUCUGACAAAAAUGAGGAAAGUUUCACAAAACCGAAAGACUUCGAAUUGUAUAAGGAAGCAGAACAUGAAACAUCUGAUCAUCUAGCUAGAAGAAUAAUGGAUGAAAAUAUGAAAGUGCACUUGAAGCUAGUGUCAGAGUUCGCAAAAUCCACUUCAGAUGGCAGCAACAUGAGUUCAUUAGACAGCACACAAGAAACACCAGUCGUCCCCGAACCUAUAACACAUCCAACAAAAUACGAAGAAAAACUCACUAUGACGUAUGACACAAACGUUCCCGACGAUCUGAAAAUGUCUCGUAAUACAUACGUAAACAGUUUAGAGAGACCAAAAUCCGAUAUGAUGAAGAAAUUGCUCGCCAAAAACCCAAUUCUAAACGUACACAUUGACCAAAGCCCUGAAAAAGAGAAACAUGAAGCUAGUACAAGCAAAGAAACACCUCAAACCGACUCCUUUAAAUCUGCUAUGCAUCAACCUGAUAUUGUAAAUUUUGAUUUAAAAACUUCUCAAACAGAAAAAGUGAGAGAUUACGACGAUUUCGUGAGUAAUAUCCGAGUGGGGUCAAACAACAACAGCCUCAAAUACAAUAAGAAACUAGAAACCUUCUCAACUGAAUGGAAAGAACCCAAAGAUUCUAAUACCAAUGUCGUUACAAUAAACACAGAGAAAUCUCAGCCUGUCGAAGAAACACGAAAAUCCUAUACAAAAUCUAUUGAAAUUGGUGAGCCUACUAUACGUAUGAUGCCACCUGAUGUUCUAGAAGGGAUAAGAAGAAGGCACGAUGAGAGAGAAAGGACCUUAUAUAUGGAACCAGCAAGCGUGUCCCUCACUAUGACACAAGAACCCGUACAAAAAACUGUAACAGUCAACGUGAACGAAGACGAAUUUGGAAAUAAAGUGAUCACGCAAAACGUUGAGAAAAUAUCAACGAAAUAUAUAACAAGCAAAGCAGAAGCUCCGUUACAAGUUGAACAGAUUAGCUUCGGCAUAAUGAGAGGCGGAGAAAUCAAUGAGAUGCAGCUAGAAGAGGGGGACGUCAAAGAUAUUGAUAAGAAAGUUCUUGACGAAAUCAAAAGACAGAACCCAAACAUGCAUUUCACAACAGAUGAACCAGCUUUCACAAGAAUGGAAACUAUUAUCCUAAACACGACAGAAAUGGACGAAGAACAAGCGAAAGCGUUGAUGGAGAAACUCAAGAACGAUCCGAGUUUCAUGUCACAGAAGACUCCUGAAGAAUUAUCGCAAAUGGGGAUAAGGAUUAUUCAAGAUCUGGAAGACGUACAAACAACAAGCGACGACACAGUCGAACUUACGAAAACUAGAUACACCAUCAACCCAUCUAUAACAGAUGUACAAAGAGAAUGUAACGUUGACAGCCAAGAUCAACACGUAACUGAAAUACAAGUAGUCACACCGCGCACAGAACAAGUGCAAAAACAGAAAGAAGGUAAGGACAAGGUAUCGAGCAGGCAACGAGCGCCGCCUUACGAGGAACCCCCUCUAUCAUACGAGUUAGACGUAGAACUGCUAAACGAUUUUAUCCACAACGAAAGACAUUACUCGGCUAAGCAACAAGCUGAAGCAAAACGAACGAGAUCGAACCAAUCGAACGAACCAAAGAAACGCCAUUCCGACUUCGAUUUACCAAGAAACAGUCAUAUAAAGUUCCGAACUGCGACAUACGAAUCUCCUAAGGGCACUAUAGUCACGAGCACAGAUUUAGAAAACCGACGAUUAUCACAACUAGACCAGCUACAGUUACGGUCACCGGAACAGCUCGCAAAACCGGCGAUUUCCGUGAAACCGAGUAAUAUACCGGUAAAAGCGGAGAAGAAUAAGCCUGCUGUGCCAGGAGUGUCGUCAAAAAUACCGGUUUUUACGACACAAAAGUCCUUAAGUCAGGAGAACUUGAGUGAUACAAAGUUCUCUUUGCCUCGGUCGCCGCCGCCGCAGUUCAGCAGCUCAGGGAACAUAUCUGUGACGUCAAUUAAGAGUAGCUCUAGAAGUCCGAGUGGCGGGAAACUGUGAAAUACUUAAUGCAAAAUAAACCUUAUUGAAACAGUUUUAAAGAUCAUUGCACUUUGUGAUUUACUUUGAAAGAAUACCUUUCAAAGAUUGUAGAUCAUUGCACGUGUUUAAGUAACACAGUAUUAUGGUCGAUUAUAAACAACAUUCGAUCCAAAAAUAAUAAAAAUAUGGCUUUUUAGGACCAAACGGAACGGACACCUCUAAAGUCGAAUUAUGAUGCAAUUUGUAUUUAAACAAAUUAAGAAUCAUAAAGACUUAGAACAAACCUAUGCCAUAGACAAUGAUCAUUGAAGUUUUGAUCUUUAAAACAAUACAUAGUGAACACAUUUUAUUGUAAAAUAUAUUUAAAACUACAAUUGUAGCAAAUAUAUAAGUUUAAAUCCUGAUAUACAUAUGUUUUAAUAAAAAUGUAAAAGAGAUGUAUCAAUUAAGAUUAGGUUUAACCUUCGAAUGUGUCUUAUUAAGUGCCAGAAACACUAAUAAUAAUAUAUUUUUUAAAUAAACUUAUUCUUUCUAAAUUCUAUUACAAUGCCAACGUGCCUUAAAUAAAAAAAACAUUUUGUCUAUGAUUCAUUUUGACAGUUUAGGUUGUGAAAAUUAUAUUAAACUUUUUAUAAAUAAAUACUUAAAUAAUGUUAUUUUAUGUCACAAUUUAAUGUUAAAUAAAACAAAUGAAAUAAUCAUGAGAUUGUAUAAUUAUUGUUUAAUUAAAUGUAUGUAUUUACCAUUUUGACAUUCCGUCCGAGAGUAUUACCAAUAAAGUAUGCUAGUUUUACAUUAAGUACUUAUAAGUUCGCAACGGUUAUAGCAGAAACAAAUAUUUCUGGGCCAUUUUGUUUUCUAAGUUUAGUUUAGUUUUUGGGUCGUUA